CGUUACCACUUGUACACCACAGGAGGACACCUCGACCAUAUCAACGUGUCCGCAGAGUGCUGUGCUUCUACUGACAGGUCUCCCUAUUCCCACCUACACAUCCUCCCUCUCAGUUGCGGCGCUGUGGCGCGAUAGCGAUCAAGAUGGGGAUCACAGAUUUCUUUUCCGACCUGCUGAGCUCGGUGUCCUUCGUCCAGGACGUCCAUGCCGAGGCUCCCGCCGACGAUGACGAGUCAAAGGAAGGUGGAGAUGAUGAAGCAAAUGAUGAAGACGGCGGUGAUGACAAAGAAGAGGGAGGAGACGAGGAAGGUGGUGAUGAAGAGGAGGGAGGUGAUGAUGAUGAAGAAGAAGAGGAGGAAGAAGAGGAAGAGGAACCCGUGGAUCCCAAGCCACAACUAGAAGAGGACUGCGCCAAAUCCGCGCAAUGCUCAGGCUACAAGCACCACUACGACGAGUGCGUCGAACGGGUCACCUCAGCCGAAGAGAACCCAGACCACAAAGGACCCAAAGAGGACUGCGUGGAAGAAUACUUCCACCUCCAACACUGCGCGACGCAAUGCGCUGCCGUCAAGCUGUUCAAGCAGCUAAAAUAGACAAGCAUCCUCACUCAAACCGCUCCUCCACCGAUGCCAAACACGUCCAAUUUUUUCGGACUUGCGGAUGCUAUGGGAAUGAACCCUUGUACAGAAGACUGCAGCACUGCAUCUGCACGAUAAUGAGAACAGUGGACCAGAGCAGCAAGCAAGCUUCUUGCCAGUCUCCUCUCCAUGCGCGGCCGCAUAUGCGUUUGGCUGGCAAGAUUUUGGUUCUGGAGGGAUUUCUGGCUCUCCGAUGAACAAUGACAUCAACCCACAAAUAGUCACGCCUGUACAGCUAUCAUCAGAAUAAAACGAAAGAGUUAUUUUUUUGCA